AUACCGGGGCGAGGUGACAGUCCAGAGCCAACGGUACCUCCACUCUUGCCUGAACCCACACCAAGACCUGAAGGCUGUGAAGGUAUAAUCGACUGUCCCAUCAGGGUGUACUUCACUAUUGACACCUCAGAAACCAUCGCAUUGCAGGAGCCCCCACCUGGCAGCCUGGUGGAGAGUAUCAGAGAAUUCACAAAGAUCUUUGCCGAGAGGCUGGCUGAUGAGGAGUACAGGGGCCAUAUCCAGAUCACUUGGUCCAUAGGUGGGCUGCACUUCUCCCAGAAGCAGGUGGUCUUCAGCCAGCUCACAACCAGAGAGAACUUCAUCAGGAAUCUCGCUUCGAUCCGAUACCUGGGCAAAGGCACUUACAUCGACUGUGCCCUCAAAAACAUGACUCACCAGAUGACCCAACAUUACACAGAGACGAAGGCGGUUCUCUUCGCUGUGGUCAUCACUGAUGGCUACGUGACAGGAAAUCCAUGUUCAGGGAUCAAGGUGAUGGCGGAAAAGGCCCGGGAUCAAGGGAUCCAGAUUUUCUCAGUAGCAGCGUCCAAGGAGAUCGAUGAAUUUGGAAUGAGGGAGAUAGCGAACUCUCCGUAUGAGCUGUUCCGUGACGACUACAUAGCGGUGGAAAUCGUUGAUGGGAACCAAGACUAA